AUGGAGCCCGACUGCGUCAGCAUUAAUCUUUAUACACGGGCAGAUAGAUAUGGAAACUAUAAAUAUGAACUGAACAAUGCUACUCAUGAAGGACACGAAGAAAAGUUGAUAGACCAAGAAAUGUAUUCUUAUCACGCAGCUGAGGAGCUCCCUCGUGUAAAGAAAUUCAUGACAUGCAAAUUCAAUGUGAGUGGUGUGGUUACCCUUCUUGUUGACUCCCAACCAUUGUCCGUUUUCUGUCACAUGGGAAAUUUUGGGUGUGGAGAUGGAGGAUGGACGCCAGUCAUGAAGAUUGACGGCAGAAAGACCACAUUUCAUUAUAAUAAACAUUACUGGAUACAUAAUCAAGGAUACAAUCUUCCCGGAGGGGAGACUGGGUUCGACAGACAGGAAUCAAAGCUACCCACCUACUGGAACGCAUCCUUCUCCAAGAUCUGUCUCGGUACGAAGAUCCACCAACAGCUCAGGUUCAUUGUCAUCCACAAGCAUGCUGACUCUCUGCACUCACUGAUUGCUGAUGGCCAAUACCGCGCCACCUCACUGGGUCGUGAGAAGUGGAAAGGGUUGAUUGGUUCCCAAGGCUCAUUACAGUACAACUGCAACAAAGAAGGGUUCAAUUUCGUUUGUAGUUGGAGUGGAUAUUCUAAAGCCAGAAUUGGUAUUGUUAGCAACAACGAGGAUGAGUGUGACUCGUGCAACUCGAGGAUCAGAUUUGGCACAGCAGGGAGACCUGGCAAUUCAAACACGUGCGGUAACGAGGCCGAUGUUUCUCCAGAUAAUGGAGACAAACACAUCAAAGCCAUGGGAUACAUCUUGGUACAAUAA